AUGGUUCCGGUUCCAGUGGGAAUUGAUGAGGAGGAAGAGGAAGACGGUUUACCCGCUCAAAUAUGUGUGCAAGCCGCCCUACAACAAGUACAGUUUCUUCGGGCCCGACAAAGAAGCCUGGAAUUCAACGGAUCGAAAGUUUCUCUGCCUACAGACCAAGCUACUCCGAUAUCUACCCCUGAUCAAAUUCGGACAGAGUUCAUGGAUAUUGAAAGCAUGAUAUAUUGGGCUGCUCUUACUUUCGAUACCUCUUCAUCACUUACUUUGAACACCAAGUCCAUUCUUUCAUCCGGCCUUCUAGGAUGGGAAUCGGAAACCUCUUGGCGUAUGGUGAAAGCGUGCACAAAUAUAUUCCAUGAGCAAUCUGAAGACUGGCGGACAGAUGGACUUGCAGUCACCGAAGAGACUGCUAAUCAAAUUAUUGCCGCGGCACAAGCCUGGAAACUUUACGUAUGGAAGAUGGGCACCAUUCUCAAAGAAGCCCUUCGAGAAGGCCAUGGCGAAAACUCAGUUCAACGUGCCUUUUUGUGUGCCGAGGAUGCUAUUCAGCAGUUUAAUGGCACUUAUCGACCUUUGCUUGAAGCAUGUGAGCGUCGUCUGCAAUUUCUUUCAGGAUAUACGAAACUCCGGUGGUUGUUUGUUAUCUUCGCUGGUGAUUUUCUUUUCUUUGUAUCUCUCACUUUCACUGCUUCGACCACAAUCGAUUUCAACAGCAAUCUACUACACCUACUCAUACCCCAAAUCAUUUCAAACAUGAGUGGCUUCAACUUAGGAGAUCUCCCAAUUCUACCGCUAGCUGAGUCAUUUGAACUCACCGCAGCUUACAAGACCGACUCCUCCCCCAACAAGGUCAACCUCGGCCAGGGUGUCUAUCGCGAUAAAGAGUGCCAGCCCUGGGUUCUACCAAGCGUCAGAGUUGCUGAAGAAAUCCUGCACAAGGAAAAGGUCACUCAUGAAUAUUUGCCCAUCCAAGGGGACGAAAGCUUCAAUCAGAAAGCCCGGAAACUCUUGUUCAACUCCAAAAUAUCCAAACAGAAGAACAUUACAACGGUCCAGACCAUAGCAGGAACUGGUGCUAACUACUUGGCCGCUUCGUUCUGCGCACGGCAUAUCCGAUCCAAAAGAGUUUUCAUCUCAAAUCCAACCUGGGACAAUCAUUAUGAGAUUUGGAAAACCGCUGCCCCCGAAAUAAUCCAGCAGCUCUAUCCCUACUACGACUCCGAGAAACGUUGUUUUGACUUUGAUGGAAUGGUGAGCGAACUCGAGACGGGCGAGGAAAAUGAUGUCGUUGUCCUCCAUCCUUGCGCUCACAAUCCAACCGGACACGAUCCAACGCGCAAUCAAUGGAGCAAGAUUGCAGAGGUCAUCGGGCGCAGGCGGCUCUUUGUCGUGUUUGACAGUGCCUAUCAAGGCUUUGCCUCCGGAGAUCCUGAUGCAGACGCCUGGGCGAUUCGACAUUUCUACUCGGUCUUCUUUAGUGAUUUAUCGGUCCCACAGAAGUUUGUACCAGCUGGCAUGAUGGUCUGCCAAUCGUUUUCCAAGAACUUUGGGCUUUAUGGGGAGCGUAUUGGGGCAUUACAUCUUGUCGCACCGCCUGGUAUUUCAACACAAGGUGCAUUCACGCAUUUGACUCAGUUGGCUCGAGCUGAGGUUUCCUGCCCUUCCCUGUUCGGUGCUCGAAUAGUCGAUACCAUUCUGUCCGACGAUUCUCUGCGUCAGAAAUGGGAAGAAGAUGUAAAGACAAUGGCCACACGGAUUCAAGAUGUUCGGUCUGCACUGAGGUCGGAAUUGGAACGCAUCGACACCAGGGGUGAUUGGUCUCACAUUGAACGACAGAUUGGAAUGUUCAGCUACACUGGGCUAUCACGACAGCAAGUUGAAAGGCUGAAAAAUCAAUAUCACAUUUACAUGCUUGGAAAUGGGCGAAUGAGCAUGAGUGGACUGAAUGAGGAAAAUGUAACAUAUGUUGCUCAAGCAAUCAAAGAUGUAGUCGAGUGUAAGCCCUAG